AUGGACACCGUUUCCCACCCCCCCCCUUUAGAUCUGCUACGCAAGUUGCAGUUGUUCCGCACCACUUUGGUCAAUUUUCUGGCUUGGCGUAAUUUCUCCGACGUCGUCGCGGGCUGCUACGUGCGGGUGUUGUUGGAGAUGCGCAAUGAGGGCUCCCGGCAGGAUAACAACGACCAUUACUACAUCGCCUGUGUGCGAGGCGUCCAACAAGGCCCAACUUACUCCGGCUUCGCGGCGGAUGGAAGCGCGACCGAGGUGCACAUCGUGAUCGAUUUGCCGCCGUGUUUUAAAUCAACCCAAAACGGUAAUGUUGUCCAGCUGAAUUCCAUUUCGAACUCCCCGUUUCGCCAGACCGAGUAUGAACAAUGGGUGCAGAUGUUCGGGGCAUCAAAUCAGACUUUUCCGAGUCUUCCGCAGCUGCACUUUCGGUUAGGCAUGCUCGAAGAGCAAAAACAGCAGUCCCUUGUUUCUGAAAGCCGCCGCCGACGGCGGGAUGAAAGCCCGCAGGAGGCCUCCGAGCGAGAGGCGCGCAUCCUUCAGCGUAAUCUCGAGUUGAAAGAAGAGAUUUUAUCCACCCACCUGAGCUUGCCGUGCAUCGACGAAUUGAAGACGAGGAAUAUCGAAGACUUGCAGGAGAUCGAACGCGAGGUGCUCGAUCUUAUUUCCAUGGUCAGAGUCGCCAUUAACGAACGUUCCAAGUGUAUGGUGUGCCGCAAUCGAGUUUGUACGGAGGUUUGUUAUCCUUGCAAGCACCAGGUGCUGUGUAAAGACUGUGCCGCCAAAGUUCACGGGAAGUGCCCAGUUCCUGGAUGCAUUAUACCAGUAACCUUCAUCUUUGAGCCUUACACGUCAUGA